AACAACAACAACCAUCUGUGAAUUUGUUUCGUAAAAAUGAGUGACAACGUGGUGACGGAACUAAAUAAUUUGGAUCUGAAUAAGCAAAAGGCAGCCAAGAUGAAGAAGGAGAAAAAGGAAAAACCGGCCGGUGCAGGUGACAGUCGCAAGGAACUGAAUCCCCUGCCGAAGUACAUCGAGGAGCGCAACGUCUUUUGGGACAAGUGCAAGGCAGAGUACCUGGCCGAACUGGCGGCCAAGCCACGCGAGGCCAUUAAAGUAACGCUGCCCGAUGGCAAGCAGGUGGAUGCCACUUCCUGGGAGACCACCCCAUACGAGGUGGCUCGCGGCAUUAGUCAAGGACUGGCCGACAACACUGUCAUCUCAAAGGUGAACGGUGAGGUGUGGGAUCUGGACCGUGUUCUCGAAGGCAACUGCACCCUGCAGCUACUCAAGUUCGACGACCCAGAGGCGCAGGCCGUCUUCUGGCACAGCUCCGCCCACAUCAUGGGAGAAGCCAUGGAACGCAUCUACGGCGGACAUCUGUGUUACGGACCGCCAAUUGAAAACGGCUUCUACUACGAUAUGCAUCUGGAGGGAGAAGGCAUUUCUACCAACGACUAUGGUACCAUGGAGUCGCUGGUCAAGCAGAUAGUUAAGGAGAAGCAGAACUUUGAGCGUCUGGAAAUGAAAAAGUCUGACCUCCUGGAGAUGUUCAAGUAUAACGAGUUCAAGGUCCGCAUUCUCAACGAGAAGGUGACCAGCGAUCGCACCACCGUUUACAAAUGUGGUUCAUUGAUCGAUCUCUGCCGCGGACCUCAUGUCCGCCACACUGGCAAGGUUAAGGCUCUGAAGAUCACCAAAAACUCCUCCACCUACUGGGAAGGCAAGGCCGAUGCUGAGACCCUGCAACGUGUCUAUGGUAUUUCGUUCCCCGAUCCCAAGCAACUCAAGGAAUGGGAAAAACUGCAGGAGGAGGCGGCCAAGCGAGAUCACCGCAAGAUCGGUCGGGAACAGGAACUUUUCUUCUUCCACGAGCUUUCACCCGGCUCGUGCUUCUUCCAGCCGCGUGGAGCACACAUCUACAACACUCUAAUGAACUUUAUCAAGUCGGAGUAUAGGAAGCGUGGCUUCCAGGAAGUCAUCUCCCCAAACAUCUACAACGCCAAGCUGUGGAUGACUUCUGGUCACUGGCAGCACUAUGCCGAAAACAUGUUCUCUUUCGAGGUAGAAAAGGAGAAGUUCGCACUCAAGCCCAUGAACUGUCCGGGCCAUUGUCUCAUCUUCGACAACCGCAACCGAUCGUGGCGUGAGCUUCCUCUCCGCAUGGCUGACUUUGGGGUGCUGCAUCGUAACGAACUCUCCGGUGCCUUGACAGGAUUGACCCGUGUGCGUCGCUUCCAGCAAGACGAUGCUCACAUCUUUUGCGCGCCCGAGCAGAUCAAGAGCGAGAUGAAGGGUUGCCUGGAGUUCCUGAAGCAUGUGUACACCAUUUUCGGCUUUUCCUUCCAGCUUGUGCUGUCCACUCGCCCCGAAAAGUAUUUGGGCGAACUGGAGCAGUGGAACGAUGCUGAGAAAGCGCUGGCUGAAUCUCUGAACGAGUUCGGAAUGCCAUGGAAGGAGAACCCAGGAGAUGGCGCCUUCUACGGACCCAAGAUUGAUAUUACUAUUAUGGAUGCUCUAAAACGCGCUCACCAGUGCGCUACCAUCCAGCUGGACUUCCAGUUGCCCAUUCGCUUCAAUCUUAACUACAUCGCCGACGAUGGUGAGAAGAAGCGGCCGGUGAUCAUCCACCGAGCCAUCCUUGGCUCCGUGGAGCGAAUGAUUGCAAUUCUCACGGAGAACUUUGCUGGCAAGUGGCCCUUCUGGCUUUCGCCGCGCCAGGUUAUGGUGGUCCCAGUUGGCCCUGCCUACGACCAGUACGCCCAGUCUGUCCGAGAUCAGCUUCACGAUGCCGGAUUUAUGAGCGAAGCCGAUUGUGAUGCCGGGGACACCAUGAACAAGAAGAUUCGUAAUGCUCAGCUGGCGCAGUUCAACUUCAUCCUGGUUGUGGGUGACAAGGAGCGAUCCUCGAACACGGUUAACGUGCGCACCCGGGACAACAAGGUGCACGGCGAGGUAUCUGUAGCCGAGCUCAUCACCAAGCUGCAGAAGAUCCGGGACGAGUUCAUCGCCAACGAAGACAACUUUUAGAAAAUAGCAAAUGCUUUCUCUAUUUAUCUAACGUAUACUUAAUAUUUGCAUUGCAAAGCAAGCCGCAUUUUUUGUUCUUUCGAUAUAUUUACGCUUAUGAAACCGGAAUUCACAAAUAAAAUCACAACCAAAACGA